GCAACGGCAACGGCAGCAACAUGAACGGUUCGCUGGAGCAGUUAGAUCAGCCGGAUCCAGACUCCAUCAAGAUGUUUGUGGGCCAAAUCCCAAGAUCCUGGACAGAAACAGAACUCAAAGAGCUGUUUGAGCCAUUCGGAGCUGUGCACCAGAUCAACAUCCUCCGUGAUCGUACCCAGAAUCCACCUCAAAGCAAAGGAUGCUGUUUUGUAACUUUUUAUACAAGAAAAGCUGCACUGGAGGCCCAGAAUGCACUGCACAACAUAAAGACUUUAAGUGGGAUGCAUCAUCCUGUCCAGAUGAAACCCGCUGACAGUGAGAAAACAAGUGCGGUAGAAGACAGAAAACUCUUCAUCGGGAUGAUUGCAAAGAAAUACGGCGAGAACGAGAUCAGAAUGAUGUUCUCGUCUUUCGGACAGACCGAAGAGUGCCGAAUUCUCCGGGGACCAGAUGGUCAGAGCAGAGGCUGUGCGUUUGUCACAUUUACUACCAGGGCACAGGCACAGAAUGCAAUCAAAACCAUGCAUCACGCUCAGACUAUGGAGGGCUGCUCCUCACCUUUGGUGGUGAAGUUUGCCGAUACGCAGAGAGAUAAGGAGCAGCGGCGCCUGCAGCAGCAGUUGGUGCAGCAGAUUCAGCAGCUGAACAGCGCCUCCACUUGGGGAAACAUUGCCGGCCUGGGGACCCUCACACCGCAGUACCUGGCAUUGCUCCAGCAGGCCACGACCCCCACCAACCAAGGCAGUUACAAUAAUAUGCAGAGGCUAGGAGGUGAGUGCAGCCUCUCACUGCUCUGAAGUCCUUCUUCUGUAAAUGAACAAGCUGCCACUUCUCAUGUCAAAAACCUUGUGACUCAGUGCCUGACGCCCACCUGGCUCUAACUAUCGUAAACCACAUGACUCUUUCAGAUCAGUGGCGUAUUAGUAAUGGAUGCCUGUGUAGGCUGCUUAAAGGCACAUAACCAUUACUUACUCAAAUUUUCCGUGUUUUUAACGAAAUGGCAAACAGUAUAACUAUGGAGGGGCACUGUAUGUGAAGCUCUAACACUCUAAACGACUACUGCACUUCCUUUUGGUUUUGAAUACAGUAAUCUUU